CACUCCAAUUGAAGUGGUUGAGGCAACAGAUGGGUCUAGUAAGCCAAGAACCUGUUUUGUUCAAUGACACAAUCCGUGCCAACAUUGCGUAUGGAAGAGGAGGAAAUGCGGCCGAGGCAGAAAUAUUAACUGCAUCAGAAUUGGCCAAUGCUCACAAGUUCACCAGCUCAUUACAACAUGGAUACCGUAGUAGGCGAGCGAGGGGUUCAGUUGUCGGGAGGACAAAAGCAAAGGGUAGCCAUUGCACUAGCCAUAGUUAAAACUCCAAAGAUAUUGCUAUUAGACGAGGCAGUGAGUGCCUUAGACGCCAAGUCAGAGAGGGUAGUCCAGGAU